AUGGCCUCCUGGGAGAGCGCACACUCCUCCCGGGGCUUGCUCGCUUGCACGCCCACCUCGUGUGGUCUCCACGUGCCUUCUGACGCCCGGAGCAGGUGGAGCGCCUCUCUGGCCCAGCCACCUUCCUCGAGGGGGAGCCCCGUUCGGCGGCAGGCUGCCACAGCACCGAAUUGCUCCCUCUGCCCCCAGGACGCCAAUCUGUCCGUGUACAGCGACGACCCGGACCUCACUCCCUGUUUCCAGAACUCCCUGCUGGUCUGGGUCCCCUGCAUCUACCUGGGGGCCGCCCUGCCCUGCUACCUCUUCCAUCUGCGGCACCAUCACCGAGGCUACGUUAUCCUCUCCCACCUCUCCAGGCUCAAGACGGCCUUGGGCGUCCUGCUGUGGUGCAUCUCCGGGGCUGACCUCUUCUACGCCUUCCGUGGCCUGGUCCACGGCUGGGCCCCCGCCCCCAUCUUCUUUGUCACCCCGUUGCUGGUGGGGGUCACCGUGCGGCUGGCCACUCUGCUCAUCCAGCAUGAGCGGCUGCAGGGGGUACAGUCCCCAGGAGUCCUCAUCAUCUUCUGGUUCCCGUGCGUGGUCUGUGCCAUUUUCCCCUUCCGCUCCAAGAUCCUGUCAGCCGUGGCAAAGGGCAAGACCUCAGACCCCUUCCGCUUCGCCACCUUCUACAUCUACUUCGCCCUGGUGCUUUUCGCUCUCAUCCUGUCCUGCUCCAGGGAGCAGCCGCCAUUUUUCUCCCCAAAGAAUGUCGACCCUAACCCCUCCCCAGAGGUCAGCGCUGGCUUCUUCUCCCGCCUGUCUUUCUGGUGGUUCACGAAGAUGGCCAUCCUUGGCUACCGGCGCCCCCUGGAGGAGCAGGACCUCUGGUCCCUGACCGAGGAGGACCGCUCGCAGGUGGUGGACAGGCUGACAGAGGCAUGGAAGAAGCAGCAGAAGCAGGCAGCGCGACACAGGGCCGCGGUGGCAUCUGGGAAGAGUGUCCGGUGAGGAUGUGGUGCUGCUCGGGGGCCGCCCAGGCCCCAGGAGCCAUCCUUCCCGCGGGCCGUGCUGGCCACCUGUGGUUCCGGCAUCUUCACGAGCAUCUGCUUCAAGUUGACCCAGGACCUGCUCUCCUUCGUCAAUCCGCAGCUGCUCAGCAUCCUGAUCAGGUUUAUUUCAAACCCCGUGGCCCCCCCCUGGUGGGGUUUCCCGGUGGCCGGGCUGAUGUUUGCGUGCUCUGUGAUGCAGACUCUGCUCUCACAACAGUAUCUCCACUGUAUCUAUGUGAUGGUGUUGAGGCUUCGUUCGGCGAUCACAGGUGUCAUCUAUAGGAAGGUCCGCUGGAACUGGGUGCCGGGGGGCCUGGGUAACCUGGGUCCUUCCAUCUUGGCUGGGGUGGCUUUAAUCGUCUUGCUGGUCCCACUCAACGGAGCUGUGGCCAUGAAGAUGCGUGCCUUACAGGUAGGUCAAAUGAAGUUCAAGGACUCGCGCACCAAGCUGAUGAGUGAGAUCCUGGGUGGCUUCAAGGUGCUGAAGCUGUAUGCCUGGGAACCCGUUUUCUUGGGGAAGGUGGAGGGCAUCCGGGAGGACAAGCUCCAGAUACUACGCCAGUCUGCCUACCUCCAAGCCAUAUCCACGUUCACCUGGGUCUGCACCCCCUUCCUGGUGACCCUGAUUACCCUUGGGGUCUAUGUGUCCGUAGACCAGAACAACGUGCCUGAUGCCGAGAAGGCCUUUGUGUCUGUGUCCCUGUUCAAUAUUUUAAAGACCCCUCGGAACCUGCUGCCCCAGAUAAUCAGCGGCCUGGUCCAGAUCAGUUUGUCUCUGAAACGGAUCCAGCAUUUCCUGAGCCAAGAUGAGCUUGACCCCCACUGUGUGGAAAGAAAGACCAUCACCCCAGGUGAGAGGUUGGGGAAGGAAAUCCCAAUCCCUACCUCUGACUGGGUUCCUGGACUCCUUGCCCUCAGUCUAGACAUCCAGGUGCCGAAAGGGGCACUGGUGGCUGUGGUGGGGCCUGUGGGCUGUGGGAAGUCCUCCCUGGUGUCUGCCCUGCUGGGAGAGAUGGAGAACCUGGAAGGCACGGUGUGUGUGAAGGGCUCUGUGGCCUACGUGCCCCAGCAGGCAUGGAUCCAGAAUUGCACUCUUCAGGAAGACAUACUGUUUGGCCGAGCCCUGGACCCCAAGCGGUACCAACAGGCUCUGGAAGCCUGUGCCUUGCUAGCUGACCUGGAGAUGCUGCCUGCCGGGGACCAGACGGAGACUGGAGAAAAGGGCAUUCACCUGUCUGGGGGCCAGCGACAGCGGGUGAGUCUGGCCCGAGCUGUUUACAGGGAAGCUGACCUUUUUAUGUUGGAUGACCCACUGUCAGCUGUGGACUCCCAUGUGGCCAAGUAUCUCUUUGACCAAGUCAUAGGGCCCGAAGGCGUGCUGGCAGGCAACACACGGGUGCUGGUGACACACAGCAUCAACUUCCUGCCCCAGAUGGAUUUCAUCAUAGUGCUGGCUGACGGGCAGGUGUCUGAGGCGGGCCCCUACCCAGCCCUGCUGCAGCACAGCGGCUCCUUUGCCAACUUCCUCUGCAACUACGCACCUGACAAGCCCGAGAAGAACCUGAAGGAAGGCAGCAGGACCGCCUUGGAGGACACAGACGAGGAGGAGGUGCUGCUGAUUGAGGACACGCUGAGCAAUCACACAGGCCUGACGGAUAACGAGCCAGUCAUGUAUGAGGUCCAGAGGCAGUUUAUGAGACAGCUGAGUGUCAUGUCCUCGGAAGGCGAGGGCCAGGGCCGGCCUGUGCCCCAGAGACGCCCAGGUUUAACAGAGAAGGUAGUGCAGGCAGCAGAGGUGAAGGCGAGCGGGGCACUGAUCCAGGAGGAGAAGGCGGAGAUAGGCACUGUGAAGCUGAGUGUGUUCUGGGAUUACGCCAAGGGCAUGGGGCUCUAUACCAUAGUGGCCAUCUGUCUUCUGUACCUGGGUCAUAGUGCGGCUGCCAUUGGGGCCAGCGUGUGGCUCAGUGCCUGGAGCGAUGAGGCUAUGGUGGAUGGCCGAUGGAAUAACACCUACGUGAGGCUGGGUGUCUAUGCUGCCUUGAGUGUUCUGCAAGGGCUCCUGGUGAUGGUGUCAGCCAUCACGCUGAUGGUGGGGAGUGUCCAGGCUGCACGCUCGCUUCACCGGGUGCUGCUGCACAACAGGAUGCGCUCGCCACAGUCCUUCUUCCAUACGACGCCCUCAGGCCGGAUCCUCAACCGGUUCUCUAAGGACAUCUACGUCAUCGAUGAGGUUCUGGCCCCCACCAUCCUCAUGCCGCUGAAUUCCUUCCACAACUCCAUCUCCGCCUUCGUGGUCAUCAUAGCCAGCACGCCGCUCUUCACUGUGGUCACCCUGCCUCUGGCUGUCCUGUACAUCACGUUGCAGCGCUUCUAUGUGGCUACGUCACGGCACCUGAAGCGGCUGGACUCCGUCAGCCGCUCGCCCAUAUACUCCCACUUUUCAGAGACGGUGACUGGCACCAGCGUCAUUCGGGCCUAUGGCCGCAGCCAGGACUUCAAGGCCAUCAGUGACGCUAAGGUGGACACCAACGUGAGGCGCUCCUACCCCUACGUUGCCUCCAACAGGUGGCUGUGGGUCCACGUGGAGUCUGUGGGGAACUGUGUUGUGUUCUUUGCUGCACUCUUUGCUGUGAUUGGCGGAAACAGCCCGAGUCCAGGGCUGGUGGGCCUUUCUGUGUCCUACGCCCUACAGAUAACAAUUAGUCUGACGUGGAUGAUCCAAAUGAUGUCAGACUUGGAGUCUAACAUCGUGGCUGUGGAGAGAGUCAAGGAGUACUCCAAGAUAGAGACUGAGGUGGAGUGGGAGAGGGCCCGGCUGCGGAAGAGGGGCCACCCUGACGCAGACCCAUCCUCCCCGCUGGGCCAGGAGUUCUGGAACUUCUCUGUGCGCUACCGGCCGGGCCUGGAGCUGGUGCUGAGGAACCUGAGUCUGCGCAUGCACGGUGGCGAGAAGGUGGGGAUCGUGGGCUGCACCGGGGCCGGCAAAUCGUCCAUGACCCUCUGCCCGUUCCGCAUCCUGGAGGCCGCGGAAGGUGAAAUCCGCAUCGACGGCCUCAACGUGGCAGAUAUGGGACUCCACGACCUGCGUCCUCAGCUGACCGUCAUCCCCCAGGACCCCAUCCUGUUCUCCGCGUCCCUACGUAUGAACCUGGACCCCUUUGGGUAUUACUCGGAGGCAGAUCUAUGGCGAGCCUUGGAGCUUUCCCACCUGCACACCUUUGUGCGCUCGCAGCCGGAGGGCCUGGACUUCCAGUGCUCCGAGGGAGGGGAGAAUCUCAGCUCUGGCUUCCAAGGCAAGAGGUUGAAGAAGCAGAGAAGCAUCAUGGCACUAGCUGAGGAGCGAGGACAGGGAAAAAGACACAGAAGGAGGAAGCCGGGGGUGCCAGAGACAGACCGGGAUUUCACAGUGUUGUUGAGCACUGCUCUACCCCAGACCCCUCAUCAUCCCUGUGGGAUCCCGAUCUCCGUGACUCUGUGUUCCAGGAGGACUGGGCUGAGGCAGAAAUGGGAGAAGUUAGACAGAAAGCCAGUCCUGGGCCUUUGGGAAGGAAUGCAGACAGAAGCAGUUCAGGGAGUCCUGCCUGGGGGCAGGUGGGGGCACCCAGCUCGAGAUGCCUGCCUUGCCCGUUCCCAGCGCCAGCUCGUGUGCCUGGCCCGAACCGGGCUCCGCAGGAGCCACAUCCUGGUUUUAGACGAGGCCACGGCUGCCAUGGACCUGGAGACUGACGACCUCAUCCGGGCUACCGUCUGCACCCAGUUUGAGAACUGCACGGUGCUGACCAUCCCACACUGGCUCGACACCAUCAUAGACUAUACCAGGGUCCUUGUCCUGGACAGAGGGACAGUAGCUGAAUUUGAUUCUCCAGCCAACCUCAUCGCAGCCAGAGGCAUCUUCUACGGGAUGGCCAGAGACGCUGGACUUGUCUAAAAUAUAUUCCUGGGACUUGCUCCUGGCCAUUGCUGGUUUUCAUCAGGAGAGAAAAAGACACCAAGCACGUCUGCAGGAUGGACUUGAUGGCAAACACUGGAGGCAUUUGCUAGAUUCUUGCCCUGCAAAGUGCCUCACAGAAUAAUUGUCCUAAAUGCUUUAGAUGAGGAAGUGGGGCCCAAGAGGUGAACUACGGGCCGAGGCCACAGCUAGUUUGAGGCAGAGCCCAGACUGGUGCCCGGGGUCUCCUGAUUCCCAACCUAGUGUUCUUGCCACGCUGUGCUGUUUUCAGUCAUUUCAUGGAAUGACCUCUCCACUCUGUCUGAUUUUUUGUAUUUUCUACUCAGAAGGAUUUUUUUUUUUUUUAAAGUAAAGCUUUUUCCUCCUGGAACAGCAGACUGCCGGGUCAGGGUGUCCUUAGGAACUGAGUCCUGUACUCUGGGGUGCUGGCCUGAAUCCAUUAAAAAUGGAGCAC